AUUCAGGAUUAAUCGUGACUAUGUCUAAAUGAGAUGAUGAAUCUUAAUUCAAUUAUGAUAUUUAUUGAUCGAGCGUGUCCUGGGCUUGGUGGUUAGUACAAAUUGUGCAGGUUUUCUUGUUGAUGGAGCGUUCGGGGUAUCAGGUUCUUUUGGUAGGCCAGAAAAAACUUCACUUUUGUCAGAAGAAGCUUUGCUAACUGUAUUCUCGAAUAUUGGAGCAGAAACUUUACUAUUUAUAUUCUCGGAUGUUGGAGUAGAAGGAGAACUGGUUGGCUUAAUGUCAGAGGAAUAGACUUUUUCCAGGUCUUCGAUCCCGUACGAAAUUCCAUCCACAACAAGUUUGCUACCUCUUAUGAAGCAGUCUUCGUGCUUUCCGUCUUGCUUAGCGAGUAAAAGGUGUUUCCGCAAUAUUUUGUUCUCGCUCCUUUGGAUCGCAUCUUUGGUGUUAGCAGUCGCCAGUAUAGGCUUAUGCGGCGAGGCAACAAAAACCAACAAGAACGAGAAGCGAGGUAUCCUAUCCGGCGACAUCGGUAGCGGAUACGGAGGUGGCAGCUCCCUUGGAAGUCAUGAGGGAGGUAUCUCUCUCGGAGGCUACAGUGGUGGAGAUGGUCUAGACGGACAUGGAGGACUCGAGGGAGGUUAUGGAGGUGGUUAUGGAGGAGGCUAUGGAGGAGGUUACGGAGGAGGUUAUGGAGGAGGCUAUGGAGGAGGCUAUGGAGGAGGACUUGGUGGUGGACUUGGCGGAGGACUUGGCGGAGGACUUGGAGGAGGCUUCGGAGGAGGUGCUGGUGGUGGUGGUGGCGGUGGUGCCACUGUGACAACCAUAAGCCAGGCUGUUGCCGUACCUGUGCCACAACCAUACCCCGUGACCGUGAACAGGCCGGUGCCAGUACCAGUACCACAACCUGUUGCUGUUCCAGUACCCAGGCCAGUACAGGUUCCCGUCCCAGUAGCACAACCCGUAGAAGUACCAAGGCCCUACCCAGUAAUUGUCAACCGUCCAGUACCAGUUGCCGUUCCAACUCCAGUACGCGUACCAUAUCCCCAACCCUACGGUGUUCCAGUGCCCCAGCCGUACCCAGUCACUGUCCCACAGCCUGUCCCAGUUAGAGUACCACAAACCGUUGUAGUACCAGUAGCUCAGCCAAUCUUCGUUGGAGGUGGAGGUGGAGCCGGAGGAUCCGGAAUUGGGGGAGGAAUCGGUGGAGGAAUCGGAGGAGGAAUUGGGGGUGGUUAUGGACUUGGAGGUGGUUAUGGACUAGGAGGUGGUCUUGGAGGACAUGGCGGUAGCUCUGAGGAUAUGGAGGUAGUCUUGGAGGACACGGCAGCAGUCUGGGAGGAUAUGGAGGCAGCUCAUCAGGAAGUUACGGUGGUAGCUCGAUCUCUUUUGGAAAAUCUGGAGGUUAUGGAGGUAGCUCGAUCUCGCUCAGCUCUGGAGGCCAUGGUGGUGCUACCAGCUACUCCAGCAUUUCUCAUGGAAGCGGAGGGUACUCAAAAUACUAAAAAAAUGAAAGAUUCUCUCUCAUCAGUACAUCAUCUCAUCGUUGUAUAA